GAAAUAAUCAUACAAAAACUAUAUCGAUUAGUAGAGUUGAUUUUCCUAAUUCAGAUGAUGUAGGAAAAUGUGCUAGAAAUUUGACCGUACAGGGUUAUAAUGACAUGACAUUUACUUAUUAUUUUUUCUCAUUUAAAAAUUACAUUCGCUCAUGA